AUGUUUAUAUUAGCAAAGUUUGUGGAAGAAAAUGUAUCCAUAGACAUGAAUCUUUAUCAAAUUUUUUGGGAUUGGAUCUUGAAACAAUUCUCAGGAGAAAUCGAAAGCAUUGACAGGGUAAGAAAAAUUCAAAGACAUGGACAUGAAUCUACCAUUAUCUCAAACAAUUCAAAUUGUUUAUUUCUUACGCGGGAUUGUAACUUGGUAACAAAAAAGAUGCUUGCCUUCCGUAUUAGCUCUGCCAUCGUAACAAGCCUCGAUUCUUAAAGGAUUCUUAAUGCGGGUGACAGCACAUGAUCUUCCCGUUGAAUCAACCUUACCGAUGAAUUACAUCUGUUGUUAUAUCCCAGGAGUGAUGUAAAGCACAUAUGCUGCUCAGCUUAGAAAUCGCAUUGUACUCUGGAUGGAAUUGCUAUAAUUAGAUGGAUAUUAAAGUAAAAUGUCAUGAUAAGAAGAGAUGAAAGUGGAAAGCUAUAAUAAACAAAUAGGUGAAGGAAAUCUACCAAACGUAAACUGUCAUUUGCUCCGGGUUUUAUGGAAAACUUCAUAAUGAACUGCAUUUUUAACUUUGUGACAUGAAAGGCACGAACUCAUUUGGCAUAUAAUUGUGGCCGACGUGGCCUUACAAAUGAUUUGCAAGCCACGGAUGGAGGUGGUCUAAGGACAUGUAAAAUUGUAAACAUUGCUUUUAAACUUCUAAUAAAAAAUUAAUAAAUAAAAUGUUAUUAAAAUAAAUGAUUUGCAAGCCACGGAUGUAGGUGGUCUA